GGGCGAUAACAUUUCUCUUUUUCGAUGCAGAUGAUGGUUGUUUAGAAAUUUGGCAUGUUUGGACGAAAUUGAAUUUGCUUACAAUUACGGAUCAUGACACUAAGGCGUAUUCCAGGAGCAAGCGAUGAAGAGAGGACCCCCAAAGAUCAAGAAGAUUCGGUCUCUUCAGCUCAAGAUCAGAUAAUGGCAGCUGUAAGAAUGGCUACACCGAACCACCAGCAGAAUGAGAAUAUCCAGAGGUUCGCUGGCUUUGGCAUUGGUCUUGCAAGUCUACUCACUGAAAAUGUUCUUUCUCAUCCCUUCAUAGUGUUCAGGAGACAAUGCCAGGUGAAUCAUCAUGCCAGUCGUUACCACAUCCAUCCCUUCUCAGUUGUACCAGUGAUUGUUACCCUUCAAAGACAACAUGGAUUCUUUACGAUGUGGAAAGGCAUUGGCAGUGCAUUCAUGGUUCAGGGCAUCGGUCUAGGAAGUGAAUCACUCAUUAGUGAGUUUACACCGUUUCCAAGGGAGAUACAUACAUACAGCACAAUUAAGCAGGUCAUAGGUCACAUUACAAUGAAGACCAUCAGUAUGGCUAUCACAACACCGUUCCUCUCUGCUAGUCUUGUGGAAUCAGUUCAGAGUGAUAUAGCAAGUGACAGACCUGGUGUCUUUGACUGUAUCAAGGAAGGAUUCCUGCGACUGACAGGAUGGGGCUCAUCAUCAACCACCCGUCUACUCCCCAUCUACACCCUACUCUUACCCACCGUAGUCCAUGGCGUCGCCAAGUACAUCAUCACCUCCACAGUGCAAUACAUUGUUCUCGCCAUCCACAGGCAGAAGCUACGGGAUGCCGGCCGUGACCGCCUCGAUGCCCCUGCCACCCCGGGAACCAUGAAGGAAGCCUACUUCCCUGAGCUCGUAGCAACGUUUGCCGGAAACCUGACCGCGGAUGUUCUCCUCUACCCCCUUGCCACCCUCAUGAUGAAAUUGCACGUGCAAGGCACGAGGACAAUAAUCGAUAAUACAGACUUCGGAAGGGGCGUUGUGCCAAUCAGCACGAGGUACGAUGGACUCUCCGACUGUCUUACAAGUGUUUUAGAAGAGGAAGGUGUAGCGGGGCUUUUCAAAGGCUUUGGAACUGUCAUCCUGCAGUAUGUCAUGUAUGCAGCCAUUUUGAAACUGACACACUUUAUCUAUCAGACGCUGAUGGAGGACUUUGCACCAAGAGACAACAGGUCGUGAUGACCGAUCAUGUUUUUGCCAUUGCCAUGGUGAUUUAGGGACUUUGUUGGUGGUGCUUUCCUAAUCAAUGACUGAGAAAAUUGCUUAAUUUGGGUCUUGAUCAGGACAUUGAAUUGAUAUAUGAACAUUUUUGCAUCUGAUUAAAACUAUUUUGCCCUACAUGCUGCGAACAGAAAUGUUUGUAGUGGGAUUGCAAAUGUUGAUAUGAAUUAAAAUUCCCUAAUGUAGCAUGAACAAAAAAGGGGAAAUGAUGCAUUGAUAUUUAAACAUGGUUUAAUGAUUUCAUGAAACUUGGCAUGAGAUGAAAUAUAAACCAUCAAAUUCUAAACUGAAUAUAUAUUUAGCUUACCUGAUGAAAAGUGGCACGUUUCUUAUGGGUCAUGGGAAUAAAUUAUUGAUAUACAAAUACCUGUAGAAGUUUGUGCAAGGGAGGUUGAAAAAUAUACAAGAUAAGAAGAUCAUAAUUAUCAGAGAUAUUGUGUCAUGAUACACUGAAAAUUGAAUCCAACACUGACACCUUUUUUGUCCAUACAUGUAUAUUAAGUAUUUGGCAGAUCUCUUUUCUCUACUAGCAGAUAGGUGUUCAAAGUCAAAUGUUUCUAACCCAGUUUUGUUAUUUUUGCUAUCACUUGCUUUACAAAGUUUUACUUUUACAGAAUAUGUUUUUGCUUCUUUGCUUUGUUUCUUUUAAUACUUUGAACAUCAUGUGUUAUUAUUCAGAUCAAAUCUGUCCCUAUAGAUUUGUUGCAAUUUGUGCAGCAAAUGGAAACUCUUGAGGAUAAAAUUUGAAGAUAAAGCUUAUAAUCAUGUCAAAUUGUUUGUGAAAAAAGUAUUGACUGAUCGUGACCUCAUAUUUUCUUUUUAUUCCCCUUAAAGGAGAAUGAAACCCUUGAAACCAGCUGAAUCCAUAUCAAAGAGAAAAAUCAAAGAAACUUAUUGUUGAAAGUUUGAGGAAGAUUCAAUGAAUAAUAAGAAAGUUAUGAGCAUUUGUAUAUUGAGAUCACUAAUGCCAUGUAGAUCCUCCCAUUGGCAAUGCGACCAAGAUCUGUGAUGUCACACACGUACAACUCCCUCAUUACUUUAGUACUUAUUUCACUUAUAUUCUCACUUUUAUAGAGUCUAUCACAAGGUGAGGUGUUCUCUUUAUGAGAGGACAAGUACAGAGGUUUCACAACAUUAUAUCAUUGAUGAAUCGUUUGUCAUAUGAUUAGAAUGAGCAAAAAGAGAUGUUUUGGGGUAUAUUUUCAGCGUCCAAAAGGGGAGAGUUGUUCAUCUGUGACAUCAUAGAUCUUGGUCGCAUUGCCAAUGAGAGGAUCUCCAUAGCAUUAGUGAUCUCGACAUUCAAAUGCUCAUAACUCUUCUAUUGCUAGUCCUAUUUUACUCAAACUUUUGUUGAUCUUAUUCUUUGAUUUUUCUGCUUUCACAAAAGCUAACUUGCUCCAAGAGUUUCAUUCUCCUUUAAAGUUAAGCUCCAGCAACAUUUUUUGUUGCUGAAAAUGUGUGCAUGUUCACUACAUUCAAUGAGGAAAGUUAUUAUAUGUAACCAGAGAUCAAAACCAAUGUAAACAAAAAGGUUGCAAUAGAUUGCAAGUGUAUGACAGAACAAUUCUGAUUGGUUUCUGGUGAAUAACAAUAGGCAUUUAACAAUGUGCUUGAUCAGCCAUUGACAUUUUGCAAUUAAUUGGAAAGAAUGUGUUGUGGAAUUACCCAUGAUUUAAUCAAUGACUGGAACAUGUUGGAUGCUCAAUUAGAUCCUCAGUUUAUUUUUGUUCACAUUAUUUUAAUAUCCGUCAAAAAAUAUGAUAAGGGGUGUUAGAAAUUAAGUCCCACUUUGUCAAAACAUGAUGAAAAAUAAAUCAAUAAAAACAUGUUCCAGUCAUUUGUAUUAAAGUCAUGUAUAAAUUUACAAAGGGAUUCAUGAAACGGGCCCCUAACUGAAAGUGGUCUUAAUUAUAUUUGAAUUACGGUAAAUCUUUCUGUUGUGAGUCUAUGAGAACUCUCCUUUCUGUGAGAAGUAUCAGAUACAUUUUCUUUUUAGAUCUGAAAUGGCUUGUAUACAGCUUCAAUACAUACACCAUCAUACUUUGAAAGUAAGAUUCCUGUUCACUUUACACAAAGCCUUAUUAGAUCUCAGGGAAGAUAAACUGCUUCUUGAAUCAUGAAUUGAUCGGAUGUCAACAUCCACACGCUCUCUUUUUUUUAAAUAACUUUGUGGAAUGUUGGUAAGUUGUGAGCUUCAUAACUUUUAUCGUAAUUCAGUGUAUGAAUAAACAGUCUUGGUUUUCACAGGAAAAGGUAAAAAAGAUUGAGUAACAAUUGUAACAUCAAACACCUAUACAAGUCUAUUCAUGUAUAUUCACACAUGGUACAUGUAUAUUGGGAUCAGCACAGAAAUGGUCUUUAAUAUCUCAUGUUAAUGUCUGUGUUGGACCAUGUUUAUGCUGAUAAUUUGUGAUAUGCGAGCCGUAAAUGUAGUUAUAUUCAAUUUCCUGUUGGUCAAAUCUUGUACUCUGGAUAUGUUGCAGUGUAAGAGAAACCUCUUACAAUUUUUGGAUCAUUACUCAUAGUCGGUGUAAUAUGUCAAACAGAUUUAUUUGAGCUAUCAUGAACUUGCAAUAUGCAAAGGUAUAUAGAGGUAGUUGAAAAGAGAGAAAGAAAAAAAACGAUUCUGUAAGAAAAUAUCUUUCCCGUUUUAAUUAUGGCGUGAUUCUACAUUCAUUCAGUGCAUCACAAUUAAUAAGUUUAACUUAUACAUAUUGUGUCCCAUAUAAUAUACAGGUAUAUGUAAGCAAUUUUGUACAGAUAUCCCAAUUGAGACACUUCUCAACAUGAAAAUAUAGUACAAUUAUUAUGUCACAAAAUUAAAAGAAUAAAUUAACUAUCAAGAGAGAA